AUGUCGUCGAACCUGCCAUCCCACGCUUCCCCGACCUUCGCACCGCAAGAACCCUCUCCUUCCACUCCGACUGUCGACGAUGACCUCUCGCUCCAUGACGCAAAGGACGCUCCUCCCUCUCUGAACCAGAGAAUCCAGGAUAUCCGGUUCAAUGCCGCAGACCAACCUGGGGGCUCAGAGAGCCCCAGUGGGAGCGCAACCCCCUCUGUCCCGCCAUCGAUCCUGUCCCCCUCCUUCACCCCUCCGCAGACCCCCGGGGGUUCGUUAAACCCUAUCCAACUUUACCAACAAACGCAAUCGACCGCCCAUUCCAAGCCUCCCAAACUCCUCUCCUGUCUCCCCAAGGUGGAAUGUAUUGUUCGCGCACGCAUUCCCACCACCAAUGGCGCCGAGAUGUUUCUCCACUUAUACCACAACGACCUCGACAAUAAAGAACACCUCGCGAUCGUGUUCGGCAACACCAUCCGAAGUCGCAGCUUGGACGCAGUGAGACCGGGGGAGACGGAGAUGGACCGGAUGAUCCGUGGCGCCUAUGUAGGCAAGCUUCACCCUGGUCGAGUCAGCAGCUGGUAUGACGAGACAGGCGCUGCGGAAAGCGUCGGGGGCGCACAGAGCCGGGCCACCUCGUCUGCAGACGGACCCGUAUCAGAUACCCCGGACCUGGCGCGAAGCCAUCCCAGCCAAGCGCCAUUGGUGCGGAUUCACUCGGAAUGUUACACAGGCGAGACGGCGUGGUCGGCUCGUUGCGACUGUGGAGAGCAGCUGGAUGAAGCCGCUCGAUUGAUGUCACUGCCCAUGGAGACGCUUGCCGAGGUCGCCUCCCAGCAGAGUAGGACCGUCCCAUCCAACGCCUCUGGGGGUGUUAUCAUUUACCUACGCCAAGAAGGUCGCGGCAUCGGUCUGGGGGAGAAGUUGAAGGCUUAUAAUUUACAAGAUCUCGGGUCCGACACGGUUGAGGCGAAUCUGCUCUUGCGGCACCCCGCCGAUGCCCGCAGCUACGGUCUCGCCACCGCGAUGCUGGUGGAUCUUGGUCUGGGGGUGGAUGCCAAUCCCCACGGCAUCCGACUGCUCACCAACAAUCCGGAUAAGGUGCGCGCGGUGGAGGGACCCAAUCGGGAGGUGGUAGUGAAGGAGCGGGUUGCGAUGGUGCCGCUGGCGUGGAAGACGGGCGGAAAGAUGGGCAUUAAGAGUUCAGAGGUCGAGGGUUACUUGAGGACAAAGGUGAGGUCUCCCACAAUCCAUGGUGGCAUUGCGUCUGUUCGGAAUCCGCCGUAUCGCCUGAUGUCUUUUGUCUACGUGCCAAGGGCUAACGCGCUCCACAGAUUUCCAAGAUGGGCCACAUGA